AUGGCUAAGAAGGCACGCCAGAGAAUCAGCUAUGUCCUCGAAAAUGCCAAAUCAUCUGAAGGCGGCCAUCGUCUAGGUGUCAAUGGCCUCGCCGUCGACAACGACAGUGCGAUUCUAUACUCAGGUGGCCGAGACGGCAUAGUAUGCGCUUGGGAUCUGAACCUCGACCUCAAAGGCCGCAGCGAUAUUACCGACCCGACGCCUGCCAAUUCCGAAGACAAGAAGCCGAAGCACACGACCAAGUUUCGCGCUCAGACCCAUGCCCAUAUGCACUGGAUCAACGACAUUGCACUCGCUCAAAACAAUACUGCCCUCGUAUCUGGCUCAUCUGACCUUACAGUAAAGGUUUGGCGACCGUAUUCCGAAGAGGACAAAAACCGCACCGAGACGAUAGGCGAACAUGCUGAUUAUGUCAAAUGUGUUACAACCCCGCCCCCAGAUAUGGGCGCAAACUGGGUCGCAUCUGGUGGGCUAGACCGCAAAAUAUGCUUAUGGGAUCUCAAUGGCGCUGGGAAAACACUCGAGAUUGACGUGCAGGGUGAAGAAAUUGCUGAGAAAGGUUCUGUCUAUGCCCUUCGUGUGGGACGAAAUAUCAUGGCGAGUGGUGGCCCCGAGAAGACGGUGCGCUUGUACGAUCCCCGAACUGGUGACAAGGUUUCAAAGCUUGUUGGUCAUGUCGACAAUAUCCGUGCUAUUCUUAUAGACAAUGCUGGCGACACGAUUUUGAGUGCCAGUGCCGACAAAACGGUCAAAAUGUGGAGCAUCAAGAACGGUCGAUGCAUGUACACUUUCUCCAUGCACGACGAGAGUGUUUGGUCACUGUUCUCAGAUGACCCGAGCCUGGGUGUGUUCUACAGUUCUGAUCGCUCGGGUUUGGUCGCCAAAACAGAUGUACGCGGUAGCCUUGAGGAUAUGGACGAUGGCCUGAGUCUAGCUGUGGCGCAUGAGCAUAUAGGAGUUGGUAAGGUUGUCGCAGCUGGAGGUCACAUCUGGACAGCAACCAAUAGGUCAUCAAUUAAUCGAUGGGAAGACGUUGACACGGGCACCAACAUCCAGCUUCCGGAGUCUGUUCGACACCACAGAGCUACAUCGAAUGCUUCUAGCAGACCCCGCGAGACUUCUCCUCCGGCUACUACUAACGGAACUGCAAAGAAGGAGAUCCCAGCUGAGUCCAUCUUGCGUAUCUCUGCAGCUGCUUCUUUCCCUGCGCGAUCUGGUCCAAAUCCCGAUUCUGCCACUAUCACGGAUGCUACAGCACGGAAGGGAUCCGAAGCCAUUAUAGACUCUUCAGAGCCCGAAAUCAAACCCAUCCAUGCAGUGGCUGAGGAAACGAUUGAGGGACAAUUCGGAUUGCUCAAGCAUAGGCUACUCAAUGAUAGGAGACGUGUGUUGACAUCAGACACCGCUGGCGACGUACUACUAUGGGAUCUGAUCCAGUGUAAACCCAUCAAAAGUUUUGGCAAACAGCAUUUGGAGGAUGUGGAGCAUCUCGUCAACACUGUUGAGGCCGUGGCUCCUUGGUGCUCUAUCGAUCUCAGCUCGGGGAAUCUUACUGUGGUUCUAGAGCCAUUUAAUUGUUUCGAUGCUGAAGUAUAUGCAGACGAGCUAGAUUUGCCCGAUAACAUAGAGUUUCGAGAGGACCAGAGAAUCAGCCUUGGAAAAUGGAUCCUUAGGUAUCUCUUUGCCGAUCUCGUUGAUGAAGAGAUCAGAAGAGAUGAGGCACACCGUCAGAAACUCAAUGAGGGUCUUGAGGCGAGGCAGAUUGCUAGUGGAGGAACUACUGAAGCUGCUCCAUUAUCGAUAUCAUUACCAAAGUCAGCCAUCCCGGACUGGGAUAACGCAGAUCAGGUUACUCCAAAGCCCAAUCUCUAUCCCAAUACUCCAGGUCUAGGCAUUGGCUUGGCAACACCUGGUCCAAGCAUUAUGUCGGGCCCAAACAGCUUGCCUGAUGUUCCUGAAAACGCGGCGACAAGUCCAAUGACUCCUAUAGAAAAGAGAACCUCGCAUGUCAGCCGCCCUUCGACGGAGAAGGAAGACUACUUCACAAGCCCCCUACAACUGCUCGAAUCGGCAGUCAAGGCAGCAAGCAUGGUUUCAACCCCCACGCAGAACGAGGCGGACUCCAAGAAGUCUAUAGAUGGUGACAAAGAGAAGGAUAAAGAUAAGGACAAGGCGGACAGUGCAAAGUCCCCAAGCACACCAUUUGGAAAGAAGAAGUUUAGGAUGACUUUUGGCACCAAGAAGCUUUCGAGGUCAGCAUCUCAGGCCACCACAGAGAAGCCUGCGAUCGUAGAGGAGAAGACAGAAGAGUCCGAGUCUUCAUCUGUUCAUGAAAAAGAGAAGGAAGUUGAUGACAGUUUCUUUGGUACGAUUCAGAAGAUCCACCAGGAAUACGAGCGGCAACUAGCCGACAACCCUGACAAGCCGGUCGAGUCACGAGUGGUACCCAGUUUACCUAGUGAUACACCCGUUCUGAGACUCCCGCCAGGAACUAAGGUGGUUAUUCAAGAAGAGACCACAGGUGGUAGCGCCAACUUGUACCAGGGCACUGUGAAGGAUGUUGGCAAGGAUGCAGAUAUUAUCGAACAGAAGGCUCCCAUGUGGCUGGGUGAUGUUCUUCUCCAAAACACCUUGCCCUUCAAGGAGCCUGUAAAGGUUUCGUUUGUCUUGUAUCCAAUGGACGGCACUCUCCCAGCUAUUGCUUCGGCCGAUGGAAACAACAGGCUCAAUGCUAACCGCAUGCUUCGAGUCAAGAAGAUCCUUUCAUAUGUUGCGGAAAGGAUUGAGCCUGCACUUGAGGAGCCAGAAGAAAGCCCUAUGAAGCCAGAGGAGUAUUUAGAACUGUACUGCAACGAACAGUUACUUUCCCCUGCUACAACACUGGCCACUCUCCGAACUCAUCUGUGGAAAGGGGGUAAUGAUAUUGUCCUUCAUUACAAGGCCAAUGGCAAAAAGGAGAUUCGACCAUUCCCUCCGCCUCCGGAGCCUGAGCCCGCUGAGCCCGAAGAAACUCAAGACGGCGCUGCUGCUGAAGAGGCGAAUACCAAUGGCCAAGUUCCUCUUCAACCUCAAGCCCAAGCCCAGGCCAGCUAA